AUGUCGGCACGAGCCGAGCGGUUCGAGGAGGAGAAGCGCCGGAUCAUCGAGAGCUGCUUCAGCAAGAAAGACCCAGUCGACAACUCGCUCCUCGAAACCUACAUCACACACAUUCGCAUCCUCGAGUUCUCAACACACCCCACUUCCCCGCCGCCCCCAGAAGCGCGGACGCCCCAGACAGAGAAACCUCGCGUGAUCAUUGUCGCCGUGCGCAAGUCGGGCCGCGUGCGCAUGCACAAGUCCAAGGAGAAUGCAAACGGUACCUUUUCUAUCGGCAAGACCUGGGACCUCAACGACAUGACGGCCAUCGAAUCGUUCACAGACCCCAAUGGCGAUCCGCAGCUGCGCAGCUGGGCCGGCGAUGUUGGCUUCAUUGUCAACCUGGGGAAGCCGUACUACUGGCAGGCGCAGACGGACAAGGAGAAGAAGUUCUUCAUUGCCAGUCUGAUCAAGAUCUAUGGCAAAUACACGGGUGGCAAUGUGCCCGAGCUCCGUGGGUUCGAUCCUAAGGAGAACGACCAGGUCCUCGGAGCCCGCCGGGCACAACCGCCUCCGCCGCUCGCUGCAGCCCAGCGAACACAACCGAGCACGAUCGGGUCUCGUCCACCUUCACGUCCCGAGCCUACGCCAGGUACUUCGCAGAAUCCCAAGAUGGCCCCACCAUUAUCGGCUGGAGGACUGCCUCAAAAUAACGACAUUAGGCCUUACCGACCGAGUCCUCCACCGCUCCGCAACCUGGCUCCACCAAACGGCUCAGCAACAGACUUGAGUAUUGACUCGGGGAGCAGGUCAGGAAGCAGGCCACCCCCAGACCUGAGGAGAGUGGCGGCCAGCAACAAAAGCCAGGACUCCGUGGCGACAUCAAUCAUGUCAAAUGCGAGGAGUGAGGACACAUCAAGUCUUCCCCCUCGGUCUAGAGGCGGAAUGUCUGGCCCAGGGGCCUUUGGAAGAUUCGGCGAUCCAGGGAGCCAAUCUUCGACUCCUCCACAGAUGCCAUCGCAAACACCUGGUCAGCUUGACCUGCCGGAUAGGAGGAGACCGCCGAUGGAUCCCGCACGAUCUCAAGGCCAGCCCGACAGCGAUCUUGUGCCUGCUCCUUUGAUGAGCCCAGGGAACCGACGUGAACCUCGCGAGCCUCCCCCUCGAAGUACGGAGCGCAUGAGGCAGAACUCCCUCAGUCAGCGAUCCGACACCAGCUCUGUCAGAGACAGGUCUGCCCUCCCACCAGCUGCUGGUCCACCGCCCUCCAGUCCAGUGCCACCAACGCCUGAGCCCCCGAAAACACCGACCCCAGUCCAACCAGCAGAGCCAGCACCUCUGGCGAUCUCUAAGCCCGCGCUCGAAGAGCCGAAACCAUUAGCCACAACGGAGCCAGCACCGCCACAAACAGAUGGCUCGGCACCGGAAACGCCCGCCGAUGAAGAGCGGCCGGGGUUGGGCCCCAUGAUCAAGGCGAAGAUGUCCAAGAACGACCUUGCAGGAUCCAUGUGGAAGGCGGCCGCUGCAGUGUCUGCAUUUAAACCACGAGCCGGCGGUGCUGCCGAGAGACUGAGGAAGGCUGCCGAGCUGGCUAAAGCCGGUGAGACCGAGCCGGAUGGGAUCACUGGAGUGGUCCCUGCUCCGCCUCGGCCGGUUGCGACUCCCGAGCCUGCCCGGCCUGAAACUCCCAAGGAACAGCCAGCCAAGAGAUCUUCGAAUGUGGUGCCGGAAGUGAAGAUUACGGUGCCCAACGCGAGCCGCCCAUCAAGUAUACAAGCUGCGCCAAAAGAGUCUCAGCUUGGCACGCUGGAAGUACAGACGAAAGAAGAUCGUAAUCGCCGGGUGGCUGCUGGCAAUGAUGCCAAGUAUUUCACCGCUCUUGGGGUGGACACCAGCCUCCUCGCCGAAGCGUCUUUCGAGUUUGCCAAGUGGCUGGACCACUUUGGAUGGAUUCCCGGGGAGCAGAUGCGCAGCCGGAGCUUCGACGAGAUGAAGCUCGACAUUGAUCGUGAGAUUAGCAAGGCCCAAGCUGGUGGCUGGGUUGCCCGUUUUGAACCAGAUGACGAUCGCGUCGAUGUUAUCAAGACCGGGCUAGAUGUUGCCAUUGCGGAGUGUGAGGAGCUGGAUAACCUGCUUACGCUGUAUAGCGUCGAGCUCUCUACACUUUCGGACGACAUUGCCUAUAUCGAAGCCCAGGGACAAGGCUUGCAAGUACAGGCGUCAAACCAGAAGCUGCUCCGAAAAGAGCUGGAGUCUCUGCUGGACACUUGUGCCAUCACUAGUGAUGAUCUGCGAGCGUUAGCGGUUGCGUCGCUCGAUAGCACAGGUGGACUCGAAGAUAUCGAGCAGGCCCUGGUCACGCUUUACAAAGCUAUGAUGAAGAUCGACCCGUCGUUGACCGCCGCAGGGCCACGGAAGAGCGAAGACAUGAGCAACCCCGACCAGCCUGCCGGCCUGGGCACCGAUUACGGCAAGAUGCGCAUCGUGCAAGAGAAGAAGCAGAUGUAUAUCUCUGAGAGUUCCCAAUUUCUCAUGAAGCUGGAGCCGUUCAUGAGCCGCCAGUUCGACCGUGCUGCGCAGGAGGUCAAGUCCGCAAUUGAAGGAUCUCUCACCAAGAAGGGCGACCCUCGCCGGCACGAUGUCGGCAGAGAGGGGUUGUGGAAGUACAGCCCACUGAUCUUGUAUGCCAGAGAGAUGGAUCUGCAAGGCUGGAACCGAAUGCUUCAGGUCUACCAGGAGAAGAACUUCCCACUAUACAGAUCUGAGUGCAAGGAUCUUGUCGAUUCAUGGAAGCGAAACAUCAAGAAGAUGACCGGGGAAGAGGUAGAACUGCUCUUCACAGCGCAGGUUGAGAAGCAGCACGAGAGCACCAUGACCGCAGCCCGCAAGCUCACGGUGAAGCGCAGCCAGACGCUCGCCAAAUCGCUACGAUCUCCGCUUGGCGAUGGCGAUCGCAAGAAGGACAAGGGCGGGGACAAUCGCAGCGCGCCCUACGAAGUGUUCGCUGGCAUUGUCGACGAUGUUCUGCCGCUGGUUGAGAUUGAGCAGAACUUCAUUGUUGACUUUUUCCAUGCCACAACGCUGGAGACUGCAGACUUCCCCGAUCUGGUAGCGGCCAUGAAGCCUCGCGAUAGAAGAGGCGGUGACCUGAAGCGGCACCGGCUCAUGGAGCCUGAUCGAGAGCUGGCGAGGAGAGUGACCCGGGCCAUGGAAGUCAUCUUCUCGUUCCUCGAGCAAGACCUUCAGAAUACAGUAGCCUGGGUGCUCUCACAGGAUCCUUUACAAGGUGUUGGUGUUUUGGCGGUGCUGGAGCGGAAGCAAACAGAAAUGGUACAGUCGAACCAAGACUUUCUGAACACGGUACUGCAGAAGCUCCACAGCGGACUCGAGUCGCGGUUCAACAAGUUUGUGGAGGAGCAGAUCCGCGCCAUCGAAGAAACCAAGGUCAAGAUCAAGAAGCGGAAGGGGGUGAUUGCAUUCAUGCGCGUAUUCCCGCACUUCUCUACCGCGAUUGAGAAUAUGCUGGCCAGCGCCGACGCACACUCUGGCGUGCGGCGGAUGGUAGACAAGGAGUACGACCGCAUCAUCAAAUCCAUGUUCGACUCGCUCAAGUUUAUCGCUCGCGAGAACCCAGCCACAUUGACGAGCAGCGGCGCGGACCCGGAAGACAAGGAGGCGCUCAAUUUCCAUAUUCUCCUGAUUGAGAACAUGAACCACUUCCUGGACGAGGUGGACACGAGAGGUCUCGAGAUCCUCGAGGAGUGGAAGGAAGCGGCCAACAGCGAGCUGAGUGAGCACAUGUCGCUGUACCUCAACGCCGUCAUGCGCCGCCCUCUUGGCAAGCUGCUCGAGUUCCUCGAGAACGUCGAAGCACAGAUUGCGUCUGGCAAGUCGACGGGUAUCAUCGCAGCGCUGCCCAGCAACUCAAAGGCCACGUUUGACAAGGUCCUCAGCAACUACGACGGCAAAGAGGUGCGCAAGGGCAUCGAGGCACUGCGCAAGCGUGUCGACAAGCACUUUAGCGCCGACGAAGAGCACGAGGGCGGUGGCAGUAGUGGGCUCCCCAGCAUGCCGGGCUCUACGAGCACCUUGUCGACAGUCACGUCUUCGUCUGCCAGGAGUGGCGCUGGUGGCGGCGUGCUUGUGCAGCGGGUGCUCAAGGAGUGCGAGAAGUUCUACGGCGACGUGGAGCUGCGGAUCAGCAACAUCACCACGACGGUGUAUGGAGGGGAUGUCUUGUUUGAGUGGCCCAGGCAGGAAGUCAAGGCUGCGUUUGCGGCCAAGUAA